AUGGGAAAUCCAUCCAGCGCCAAGGCGUUAACGGUUGAUCCACCCGGUUACUCCAUCGCAGCCCAGAUCGAACCGUCAGAAUCUGCCCUACGGGACGCCACCGUCGCUGUAAUCACUCAGUUCUACGCGACCCAGUGCAACCACAUCUACCUGCGGCGUCGAGCUACCAAAGCGGGCAGUGUCUUCUUUCAACGUGACCUAAUCAAUCAGCUCCUGAUCGGGGUUGGACCAAGCGUUACCGUUCAGCUGGAAACCUACCAGGCGAAGGUCCUAAAUCAAUCGCGAGCAAACAAUGUAUUUCUGGUGGAUGAUUACGAAGCCUUCCGGCGCAUUAGCGCCGGAAUGAAGAUUCGCACGUACGAUUAUACGGGAAACUUUCUGAUCGUAGUAAGCGAUUCGUCGAACAGCAGCUACCGAACGGUGCAGGAAAUCAUGGAUGACUUGUGGUCGCACUAUAUUGUCAAUGUUGGCGUUUUGAUGACGUUUGACGAUUCACCCGGCAACGCCUACUACUAUACGUACUUUCCCUUCGGGAACGGUUACUGCGAACAGGUUCGUCCGUGGCUUUGGAAAAUUUUCCGUGACGGACGGUGGGAUGCUAGGGAAUUUUAUCCGGAAAAGCUGACCGACUUCCACGGGUGUCCGUUGAAACUGGCAAGCUUCGAUAUUCCACCGUUCAUGAUGCUGGAGUUUGGAUCGGAUGGGAGUGUGGUUAACACCGACGGGCUGGAUGGGAUUGUGGUGCGAGUGUUAAGCGCACGGUUGAAUUUCAGCGCACAGGUGGUGGUUGUGGAUCCUCCGGAUUGGGGUGUUACAGCGGAGUUGGGGUUUAGCACCGGUGUGGCUCGAUAUGUGCGGGAUCGUUUGGUGAACUUCACCAUUGGAUACUGGGCAGUGACCUACAGCAGGAACCGUUUCAUGGGAAGUACUUUUCCCUACUAUACCUCGCUAAUGGUUAUCGCCGUUCCACCUGGGGAGCCGUACAGCUCGCUGGAACAACUUUAUUUGCCUUUCAAGAGCCUUAUUUGGAUCGUUGUCGGAACUUUCCUGGGUCUCGCCGGACUCAUGAUCGUGCUUAUCAACCUGCAAACCUCUACGGUUCGGAACUUUGUCUUCGGUCGAGCGGUAAACACUCCAACGCUAAACACUUUCAACGUCUUCUUCGGUGGAUCUUUAACUCGUCUGCCAGGUCGUAACUUCUCGCGAACUUUGCUGACGUUUUGGCUGCUCUAUGGAAUGAUCAUUCGCACCUCGUACAUGGGUUCGUUGUUUAAGUUCCUGCAGUCGCAGCCGAACAAGACUGUUCCACAGUUCAUACCGCAGUACACUGCCGCUGGGUACCAGAUCCGGAUGGCACGGAACUACAGCUAUCUGUUCGAAGCCUUUCCCGGCAUCGCGGCUCAUCUCCAGCAGACGGGACUGCGAGAACUCUACGAAAGUGAGAUAACUGAGCUGCAACAUCCGACCACUCGCUACGUUCUGCUGGCACCAAUCGAGGCGAUCUCCCACGUAAACCGAGCGCUGACCAAGCAUCAGCAGAUUCUCCGAAUCACCAAGGAUCGUGUGUAUCUGUCGAAGUUGGCAAUCUACUCCCAGCGAUCGGCACCGGUGCUGCAACCGUUCAGUAUUCUCCUGGGCCGCCUGAACGCCGCCGGGUUGAUCGAUCAGUGGGCAUCGCACUAUCAUCAGCCGGUGUUUUUGCGCAGUGACGAACAUUCGGAUGGUCCUCGACCGUUGCGAUUCCUGCAGGUUCAGGGUAGUUUCGAACUGUGGACUGUUGGAUUGGUGAUCGGUGGCGCGAUGUUCCUAGCGGAACGCAUUGCCGGCUGGUGGAAGCAGCGAUCACUGAACAACGGGAGACGAAUUACUUUUAUCUUGUAG